AUGGCACCCCUAUUGAUGAACGGAGUCGGCCUCGUCACUGGAGCUGCCUCCGGAAUUGGACGAGCAUGUGCCAAGAUCCUGGUCGAGGAAGGAUGUACGAGGCUCGUGCUCUCGGAUUUGGCUGAAGCGAGCCUGAAGGAGGUCUCAGAUGAGCUCAAGGACAUCGAUCUUUCAGUGGAAACUGUUCUUUUCAUAGGAGAUAUGAGCAAAGAGGUCGACGUCGACCAGAUGAUCGAGCUCGGCGUGGCUAGAUUUGGAGCAAUCCACUAUUGCAUCAAUAGUGCUGGCGUGACAAGUAAACCUCGACUGCGGACGCAUGAACUGGAGGUGGAGGCGUUUGAUCGGGUUAUCAACAUCAAUCUUCGAGGCCUAUGGCUUUGCGAAAGGGCACAGAUCCGCCAGCUCCUGAAGCAAGAGCCAACAAUCAAAACUCGCAAUCAUGCGCAAGGGAUAGCGGCCCAGCGAGGAGCCAUCGUAAACAUCAGUAGUAUAUUCGGUCUAACAGCACACGCAACGGCUGGGGCGUACCCGGCCUCGAAAGCUGGAGUAUUGGGACUGACACGGACGGACGCAGUGGCGUACGCGACAGACGGGAUCAGAGUCAACGCGAUUUGCCCUGGUUUUAUCAACACCCCCUUGGUGGAAAAGGCCAAAGCCGCAGGCGCAGACUAUAACAAACUCAUCAGCUUGAUCCCGUUUAGACGGAUGGGCACUGCCGAAGAGUUGGCAGAAGCAGCCGUGUGGUUAGCAAGUGAGCGAGCAAGUUACGUGAGCGGUAUUGAAAUGCCGGUGGACGGUGCUUGGGUUAGGGCGUGCAACACCUGA